CACAACUAACCACCUCAGCUCAACACACACACACACUUCAUCCCUUCACCAGCACUGGACGAGCACUAAACCAAACUCUUUCUGCAAAAAAACUGCUCGGUUUGUUCUGUUCAUGCGAUUAUUUCUCCAGGAGGAUUAUUUUUUCUUGAAGAAAGAAACUGCACGCCUCCAACAGAAAUGCUGAUCAGGCAUGUGACUGUUUUGGAUCAAGUGUAAUUCUCUUGUGUUUUUAAGCAAGUCGGCGGAGCGGUUUAUUCACUGUAUAGAGUUGUAAUAAUUAGUGUCUGCUGGAUUUUCAAGACACUCAAAGUCAUAGUUAAGCUGUUGAUUGUUAUAUUUCUGAGAAGAUGUCUUCCCCUGGUAAGUCAGGGGCUAUUUUGGGAAGAAGACUUUCACGAACCAAAAGCAAGAAAAAACACUUUGUGCAUCAAAAAGUGGAGGUGUUCUGGGCCAGCGACCCCAUCCUGACAGUGUUCAUGUGGGGCAUCAAUCACACGAUAAACGACCUCUUCCAAGUGCCGAUGCCAGUAAUGCUGCUUCCAGACGACUUCAAAGCCAACAUAAAGAUGAAAGUCAACAAUCAUUUGUUCAACAAGGAAAACCUCCCUGGACAUUUCAAGUUUAAGGAGUACUGUCCGCUGGUGUUCAGGAAUCUGAGAGAGCGGUUUGGAGUUGAACAUCAGGAUUAUCAGGUUUCUCUAACACGAAGUCCUCCAGUAAAGGAUGACAAGGAGGAGGAAGCAGUGCUGCUGUUGUUGAAAUCAUAUGACCGAACACUAAUUGUCAAGCAAAUCUCAAGUGAGGAGGUGGAGGACAUGCACAACAUCCUUUCAGAAUAUCAUCAGCACAUCGUAACAUGUCAUGGCAGCACAUUACUUCCUCAAUUCCUCGGCAUGUACCGCGUCACUGUGGACAAUGAGGACACAUACCUUUUAGUCAUGAGGAAUAUGUUCAGCCAUCGACUAACAAUUCACAGAAAAUAUGACCUCAAGGGGUCAUUGGUUUCUCGAGAAGCAAGUGACAAAGAAAAGGUGAAAGAGCUGCCUACAUUCAAGGAUGUGGAUUUCAGGAAUAACAUGCAGCGAGUGUACAUCAGUGACGAGGAGAAGGAGAAGCUUCUGGAUAAACUCAACAGGGAUGUAGAGUUUCUUGUGCGUCUGAAGAUCAUGGACUACAGCCUUCUGCUGGGCAUUCAUGAUGUCGGGAGGGCAGAGCAGGAGGAAGAGGAGGAGAUGAAGGACUCUUUAAGCGAAGAGGAAGAAGAUUCAGAGAAUGAUCUCCACCUUCCAGCGGUGGGGUCUUUCGGGACGUCCCCUGAGGGCAUUGCUGGAUACAUGAGCUCCUACAAAGCUCUCGGUCCAGGAGAGUUUGAUCCUUUUGUUGAUGUAUAUGCCAUCCAGAGCGUAGAUGGUGCUCCAUGCAGAGAGGUUUACUUCAUGGGUCUUAUCGAUAUUCUGACCCAGUAUGACACCAAGAAGAGAGCAGCUCAUGCUGCAAAAACAGUCAAGCAUGGAGCCGGGGCUGAGAUCUCUACCGUUCAUCCUGAACAAUACGCCAAGCGUUUUCGAGAAUUCAUUGCAAACAUCUUCGCCAAUUAAGAGCAUUUUAAAUGUAUUCUAGUAGAUCUAGUAGACAUAACAUUGCUUGGGAGCUAGUAAAAUGUUCUCAAUUAAUUAUAUUAAAAGCAUUUUUUAAUUAUUAUGACUUUUAGUAAUUAUAAAACUGUGAUUAAAUUGCUUUUGCUAGUCACAAUUACAGUGAGAAUGCAUCCUUCAGAUUAAAAAAUAUAAUUUUUUAUGUCCCCUGAUGGAGUUUGAGUCACCUUUGCUUCCUUUCCACAAGACAAAAAUACUAUAGUAAAUUAUAGUUAAACUAUACUACAGUAAAGUAACUGAAUUAAUCAGCUGUGGCAAUAUAACAACUUAUGUAAGACAAACAAAUUCCACAUUACUGUAGUUUUCUACAACUGUUGUUAUAUUAUAUUACACAGCAGAGUUUACUGUAGUAAAAACUGAAGGAUACUAUAAGAAUACAAUAUAAGGAUACCAUACAGUUUAUCAGUUCACUAUAGUUACUAUUACAGUAUGCUUUAACAAAGUGUUAUAAAUACUGUGAUAUACUAAAUUACACCUUCCUAUAGUAUGAUGACACUAGUGUUUACUAUAAAUUACUCAAUUAUUUUCUCAUGUGGUUCAGACGGGGUCUGUAGGGCUGCCUUACUAUUGAAUCCCACCCUUAAACAUUAAUGAGAGGGGUCUGGCUGCAGACCUGGUGCAGUGCAAUCUGGGCUGCAUCCAAUGUUUUUUAAUGGGC